CGACACGCCAACAGACUGCGGGCUUCACCGAUCACCAAUACGUUCGGUGCAGGUGCAGCAGAUUAACAAUUCAGUUCGUUCGUGCGUGCGUGCGUGCUCCAUGGUGAGGUCGCUUCCGUCUGUUUCGAUGGAGGGGAGGAGGCUGCAGGAGGAGGAGCAGGAGCAGGAGCAGCGGGAGGUGCUGCUCAUCCACAGCCAGGUGCGGAGGAUCAAGCGGGAGGACGAGGAGACCCGGAGGCACCUCCUCAAGCUGCAGCUGCUGGAGACGAGGCCGGCCGCCGGGCAGGAGGCCUCGCCGCCGGCCUCCCGCUCGCUGUCGCCGCUGCGGCGUGCCGGGAGCGCCAUACCGGUCGGCGACUGGGCCUAGUCACCUCGCCUGCCCGGCCAGGCAGCGUAUACAGUCGUAUAGAUAUAGGAGAGCGAGCGAGCUAUAUAUUUGAGAGCCUUAGUACGGUCGAUCGAUGCCUGUCCAUGCUCUCUGCGUGCAUGGAACCAGAGCUUAUAGUUGAUCGAUCUAGCUGCUUUACAUGCUCUGUUUCAGUCGACUUUUCUUCUUCUUGUUGUAAAUAUACCGAAGUUCACCUCGUGCUUCUACGUACUGCAUCCAAGUUCUUCCAUGCUAGUUCCUUCA